CUCAAUUAGGUCCAAGUUGCAAUUAACUUUGGUUGAUCUACUGUUGAUUAAACUGCGGAAGAUCCUAAAUUAGCUUGGAAUCUCUUAAGCUGACCAAGCCCUCUCAGUCCAACUACCCGGUAGACGACUAGUCUUCACCAGGAUAGAAAGUUGAGGCUAUGAACACAGAACUCCACUACUGGAAUGAAUUCCAGUACAAAGCAGUGAAUUGAUUGACUCUCGCACAACCAAUUCACCACUAUCAAUCAAGGAAGCUCUCUUAACCUCAUCAGAUUCUAUCUAUCAUAGGUUAAAGCAGAAAUCAAGAGAAUUUGAUCAAGAUUCAAUUGACUCAAUAAAUCAUGCCUCAAUCAUUUAUAAUCAAACAAUAUAGCACCCAAAACUUCAUACAAGAAAGAUCCUAACACAUGGAACUAGGGUUCCUCAAAACCUAAGUGAAGGGAAGUUACUCCAUAGAAAAGAGAGAGACUGCAAAAAUCUGAUCUAGAUCUUCAAUCUCCAUCUCCAAGCUUGAUUCCCGAGCUCCAAUGGCGAAGAAAUCCUCCAAAAUCCUCCAAAAUGGUGAAGAGAAUGUCCCUUGGGUGUUUGGGAACCAAAACCCAGCUCUCCCCUUUCCUUUUGCUGAAAAUCGGGUUUUAAACAGAAAUUCCCGAUCACACGGCCAGGCCACACGGCCGUGUGACUUUCCCAGAUGCCCGUGUGAGUGCUUGGUGAUUUUCACACGGCCACAUGGCCAGUUCACACGGCCGUGUGGGUCGUGCCUGUGUUUAAUGCUUUGCCUCUGUUUAAUGCUUUGUUUCUCCCUCGUCCGGACUCCGAAUCAGUCGCCGUUUGAUCCCAGAUGCUCGUAGUCUCGUCCUCUUUCUUUUAAUGACAAAAUUACAUGAUUAUUUGUCCAUAAUAUGAUGUAGAAGUCCAUUAUUCCUCAGGUCAUGCUCGUGUUUCUUCUCCCGAAUUGCCGAAUGAUCUCCGAUUGACUUGAAACUUGCGCCUAUGCUUCAAUUCACAUGCUAGGACCUGAAAUGUGACAAAGGAACACAACCUAGCGUAAAAUAGUCCAAGAAAGCAGAAAAUCAAGCCAAAAUGAUCAAGAAACGAGGGUGCAAACAUGUGCAAAUCCAAUGUUAUCACUGCUCCACGAGAAGCCUCAAUUCAAAGUUUGGAUCUGGUCAUGGAGUGUAGCAUGGCUCUGCAUAAUGGCCCGCGAAGGCCACCAUGGCUAACUCCAGCUCCGAUGGCCCUUCUGGUUGUGGGAGAAAUUCUUCUUGAUAAGGAGGUUGUUCUUGAUAUGCCGAGGGGUCUGAUUGUUCUCCGUAGUAAGGGGGUUGGUACUGGAACCCGAAUCCAUGGUCUUCUCCUCCUUGAUUUCUCCAGGAAGUUCGGGGUAACACCACUCGGAUGGUGGUGGAUACCCCCAAUGGUUGGAGAAGCCAUGAGGAUCCAUGAUUCAGAUCUGCACCAACAAAAACACCCAAGUGAAAAGCAAGGGUGGUAAAGAAAAGAAAAAACGCUAAAGUAAAAAACUUAUGCCUUUCCUAAUAAUCUAGAAAGUCCUCGGCAAUGGCGCCAAAAACUUGACUCGCUAAAACACAACUCCUAACAAAGGUCAAGUGUAACCAAUGAAAGGGACUGCAGUAUAGUGGCUCAAGUAAUAAAUAUUGAAUCCAUGGGUCUCUUAAGUUACUAUUACUCAGCUUCAGUUCAUUAUCUAGCAAACCAGAUUAAGAUAGAACAACUAAAACUACUCUAGCAAACUACGGUUAAAGUUAAUCUAAUUACAGGUAGGAAACUCAUUUAGGUAUGAUCCCCCUAGCCGCUAGCCAGAUUAAUGAUUGAUGAUCUCUAACUUGUUUCACUUUCAUUCACAAUGCGGAGAAUCCUUAACUAGACCUUGAGUCUCGACUAAAGGAUUAAGUCCCUCUUGAGACAAUUGCCUAGAGGAACGUAUCCUUAUCUAGAACAACCGAUCAAGGCGUUCUGAACAAGAUUCCCUCUAUCGAAUGAGGUUCUCAAUCGAUACAAAGUAGUGAAUCAACCCUCGACUAAAGCAGUCGAUCCAAUACUAUCAAUCUAUGGUGCUCUAUUGACCUAAUCGGUUAUUCGCUCUCAUAGGAUCAAAGCAGAAUCAAUAAUCUCGACUAAAGCAGAAUUGAAUCAUGAAAACAUGCAUAGAUUGAAUAUGAACUCAAUAUUAUCAAGUAGGAGUACUCAUACAAUCAUCCAAUCAAACAAACAUGGCUAGGGUUCCUCAAAACCUAAGUGAAGGGAAGUUAAUACUCCAUAGAGAAGAGAGACAGUAAGAAUCUUCAGAUGAUCAAUCUUCAAGUCCGGGCUUGUUCCUCGAGCUUCCAAGGCUCCAAAAACGCCCUCAAAUUGUCCUCUCACUAUUUGGUUCGUCCCUUGGGUGUUUGGGAUCCAAAAACCCAACUCUGCCUCUUCAGAAUCCGCAAAAACACAUUUAUACAACUCUUAGAAGAAAAGUUACGGUCCCAAGUUAUGGCUCAGCCCGUAACUUAUGAAAUGAUUCUGCCUCCUGUGGCCUCGAGUUACGACCCAAAUGCCCGAGUUACGGUGCUGGCGGUAACUAUGAAGGCCAGCCCGUAACUCUGGAGAGGCUGCUGUCUUUCAGUCAUACCUCCCUCAUCCGAGCUCCUAAUCAGUUGCCAUUUGAUCCCAGACACUCGUAGUCUUGUCCUUUUUCUUUACAUGCCUAGAUUACAUGAUUCUUUGUCCAUUAAAUGAGGUCGAAAUCCAUUCCUCUUCAGGUCAUACCCGAGUUUCUUCUCCCGAGUCGCCAAUUGAUCUCCGAUUGAGGGUAGACUCACCCCGAGCUCGUGAGCACCCAUGUGGUCAUUCGUCGCCGCCCUCAGAUAAGGGAGGUCAUCGAGAUGCCCGUCGGUAAGGAGUUGAACCCAAAGGAGAAUGUCCUUUGACUCCCCUCACGGAACCACGCAAAACCAUUUUGCAAAUAAUCCAAGAUAAGAAAAUCUCGAUCGUGUAGCCAGCUCCAAUAACCAAGGAACCACGAAAAGGGAAGAACAAGUAUUGCGAUUUCCACCGAGGUUAUGGUCACGAUAUAGAGCGUUGUUGGACUCUAAAGAAUUCCAUAGAAGAUCUUUUUUCAAAAACGACAUCUCAAGAAAUACGUUGAAGGCUCAACAAAAUGCUCCCGAGAGCUCUCGCCCACCGAUCGAGGCAAAAAUCUUUAGAGCAUCGUUGUUCGAGGGGUCGUCGAUGUCAUUCAUGGGGGAGCCGGCCUCGAGGGCUUACAAGCUAAAUCUCCGACGAAUGCCCAAGCCAUGAUGGGCUCCACCUCAACAACAACAGCCACUCCUCCAAUCUCAUUUGACUCUCAUGAUUUAGAAGGAGUUGCGCACUCACACGAUCACCCAUUGGUAAUAAAGGCAACAAUAGCCGAUUACGAGGUCAAUAGAAUCUUGGAGGAUGG